AUGUCAAGUCGGAGGCAUUCGUCACGCACUCCGAGUCAAAAUCACUCUUCCAAUGGCAAGACACUUAUUAAGGCCAAGCGUCGAUAUUUGCUCAAGGUUACGCCGAUUGAAGCAUGGGACCUUUUACCUGCUGAGUCUGGACGCGGUCGAAAUGCAUACUGUACUUUAGUGCUCUUGGAUGAGAAGAAACGUGAGAUUAAAGGUGAAAAGCAACGAACACCUCCUAUUCGUCAGUUAAACCCUGUCUGGAGUCCAUUAAAAGCUGCCGUUUUACGUUCCUUAGAGAGUAAUAUCGAGUCCCAUCAACCUCUUGGUAUUGGUGCAGCUGCUGCAUCCGAAGAAUACACUUUUGGUAUUCAAACAAAUUUAGCAAAGGCUAAGUAUGUGUUGGUAAAAUGUAAAGACAAAGGACGAGUGGAAAAUGACGAUUUAGGACGACUAUUACUUAGUUUAGAAGACAUGAAUACUAGUGGUGAAGAACGUGUUGCAUGGUAUGACUUGCAAUUACGUCCAGGUGGGAAAAUGAAACGAGUACAAGGUAAAGUACGGAUUUCCAGUCGCAUUGUGAAAGAACCAAGUUUAUGGCAAUUAUGGACUUGUGCAGAACAAAUGAGACAGGAAAUACCAAGUGGAGAUCGGAGUUUAUACUUGAAGCCACAUCCGAAUGUUGUGACCGGUAAAGAGGCACUGGAAUGGAUGCUGUGUCAUGGAUUAAACCGUCCAAUGCAAGGAGGUAUCACAUGUUCCACGGCAGAAGAAGCAUUACUACUUGGUACAGCACUUAUUCGCAAUGGGAUGAUCAUGCAUGUAUCUGGAGAUCGAAGAUUUACUAAUAGCUCGUGGAAGUACUAUCGGUUUAUGGUAAACCAUUUGGACUCAGCCGCGCAGAAAGAAGCUAUUCGACAGCGCAAUAUGAUCCUCUCGGGGGAAGCAGAAGAAGUGGAAGAUAUGGAGGAAGAAGUGCUUACACGUUCUAUGAUGGCAAUGUCAGUAAGCAAUGAAGAGGAAAUUGGAUUAGGCGCGUCCCAGGUGCGCAACGUGGUUGCUGGAGGACCGAGCGCAACAACAUCAGCACCUGCCGCCGACUCGGACCGAGGUAAAUCCAAGUCGACGAUUAAGAUCGAAGACUUUGAGUUGCUUAAGGUUUUGGGCACUGGAACAUACGGUCGCGUGUUGUCGGCCCGAGGUCCUGAUGGAAAUGUCUACGCCAUUAAGAUUAUUACGAAGAUUGGAAUGGACGACAACAUGCGCCGAAACGCAAAGAUCGAGCGUGACAUGCUGCGCGAACAAAAGAAGGUGCAGCCAGAAUGGGUGCCGGACGUGAUUGACGAUGCCGACGCCAAGUAUGUGGACAACGAGUUUAUCAACCAAGUACCGGUGGACACGCCUGAAUGGCGUAUGUUAGAUUCGGUGGACCGUGAGCGUGAGUACUUUGAAGACUUUACGUAUCGUGCCACGAAAGUGAUUCAGAAGUAA